AUGGAGGCGGCGGAUGGGAGCGAAGCGGUGGCGCUGGAUGAACAGCUCGCGCCGCACGUCGAGCAUUUGAGAUAUCGUUACGCGACGUUUCGCGAACGAAAAUCAGCGAUCGAAGCCGCGGAGGGGUCGCUGGACGCGUUCUCCAGAGGGUACGAACGCUUCGGGUUCACCACGGACGCGAGUGGGGAGAUAACGUUCCGGGAGUGGGCGCCCGCGGCGUCGCACGUGGCGCUGAUCGGAGACUUUAACGAUUGGAACGGCGACGCGACGCCGCUGCGUCGGAGCGAGUUCGGGACGUGGGAGGUAACGCUGCCGAAGGGGGCGAUCGCGCACGGAUCGCGGGUGAAGGUUCGCGUGUACAACGAUCAAGGGCAGUUUGAUCGCAUUCCGGCGUGGAUUCGAAGGGCGACGGUGGAGCCCGGGGUCAUGGGCGCCGGAUACGACGGCGUCUACUGGGCGCCCGAGGAAAAGUAUGAGUUCAAGAACGCGAAGCCAAAGAAGCCCGUGGCGUCGAGGAUUUACGAAGCGCACGUGGGAAUGAGCUCGAAUGAUCCGAAGAUUAACUCCUACAGGGAGUUCGCCGACGACGUGCUCCCGAGAGUCGCCGCGGGUGGGUACAAUACGGUGCAACUCAUGGCGGUGAUGGAGCACGCGUAUUACGGAUCCUUCGGUUAUCACGUCACGAAUCCGUUCGCGGUUUCCUCGCGUAGCGGGACCCCGGAAGAUUUGAAGUACUUGGUGGACAAGGCACACGGUCUGGGCGUUCGAGUGCUCUUGGACGUCGUGCACUCGCACGCGUCGAGCAACACGAACGACGGCAUCGCCGGUUUCGACUUGGGACAACGCGACGUGGAUUCCUACUUUGGCACCGGUGAAGCCGGCUACCACUGGCUGUGGGACUCCAGAUUGUACAAGUACGACAACUGGGAGGUAAUGCGCUACUUGCUUUCGAACUUACGAUACUGGGUCGACGAAUACAAUUUUGACGGCUUCCGAUUCGACGGCGUCACGUCCAUGUUGUACCAUCACCACGGAUUACAAAUGGAGUUUUCCGGAGACUACGAACAAUACUUUUCCACGUCGACGAACGUCGACGGCGUGGUGUACUUGAUGCUCGCGAACGAGUUGCUUCACUCGUUGUACCCUGAAAUCGAAGUCAUCGCCGAAGAUGUGAGCGGGAUGCCCACGCUUUGCUUGCCGGUGGAUAAGGGCGGCGUCGGUUUCGACGCUCGUCUGGCGAUGUCCAUCCCCGACUUUUGGGUCAAGUACCUCAAAACUAAGCCGGAUGAGCAAUGGAGCACGUUUGAAAUGGUAAGCACGCUGUGCAACCGUCGAUACACAGAAAAGGCGAUCGCGUAUGUGGAAUCGCACGACCAAUCCAUCGUCGGCGACAAGACGACUGCGUUUUGGUUGAUGGACGCCGAGAUGUAUGAUGGUAUGUCCACGCUGAACGAACCCUCCGUCGUCAUCGAGCGUGGUAUCGCUCUGCACAAGAUGCUUCGUCUCGUCACCGCCUCUCUCGGCGGUGAGGGCUACCUCACGUUCAUGGGCAACGAGUUCGGCCAUCCGGAGUGGGUGGACUUCCCGCGAGAGGGCAACGGCUGGAGCCACGAUUACUGCCGUCGUCGCUGGGACUUGGCGGACGCCGAUCACCUGCGUUACCAACACCUUCUCAACUUCGACAAGGGCAUGCUCGCGCUCGAUGAUCAGUACUCCUACAUCGCGGCCGCACAUCAGCACGUGAGCACCGCCGACGACAACCGACAGAUUCUCGUCUUUGAGCGCGGUCCGCUCGUCUUCGUGUUCAAUUUCCAUCCGCACCAAACGUACGAGGGAUUGGAGAUCGGCGUCCCAGAGCCCGGAAAGUACCAGCUCGCCUUCGACACCGACGCACGAGAGUUCGGUGGGAAGUCCCGCUGCGGUUUUUCCGUCGAUCAUUUCACCUCUCCGGAUGGUCCCGAGUCCUGGGUCGGCCCGUACGAGCAACCGCCACGCGCGGCGAAGAUGCUCGUCUUAUCCCCGGCCCGAAGCGCCCAGGUCUACUUCAAGGUUCCCGAGCCCGCACCAUCGGCCGAACCCUCCGUGAGCGACAUCGUUCGCGAGAUCGACGCCGACGCCGGCGCCGCGCGAUAG